CCGCUUCCUGAUGAUGCAUUCCUUCUUUAUAUAUUUGUGGCCUCACGCUCUUUCUGAUCUGACGAUUUGGUGGUCACUGUGCUCUACCAAACUUUCCCGUUCUGUGAAAUUUCGAUAUUGCAUCUCUAUUAUAUCAGCUCAUCAAAUAUUCGCACCGCGGACCAGAUUGCGUAGCCCCAGUAUUCAUAAAACGCGAACCACCAUCUCUAGAAAAAAGCAGCAUAGCACACGAGACCACGCGCACGAACCAAACACCACCGAACAAAGUACAACUAUACUCAGCACAUCUUCUCGACGGAAACAGUCCAUAAUACCCUUGCUCGAAAUUAGCCCGUCCUACUUUAGCCUGAGCCGGCCAUUCUUUGCCACGAAUACUACAUAAUAUCGAGACGUCAGCAGGUAACCUCCACCAAGAUGUCCUCGGUCGCCGCUCAAUUCGGGAUCGUCAUUGCUGUCCUUGUCGGUGCUGGUGGCGUCACAGCCGCUGGAUGUGCCAUAUCGUCAAUCGUCGACCCUCCAAGCGACCAGACGUCAUACUACAGACCAGACGCGAACCAGGCAAACUACAUGAGAGAAGUACGGGAACAAAACGUGGACAUGCUAGCGCGAGAGGCUGGCAUGAGAACGAAAGCAGCUAUGGACAGAAGGAUGAGGGAGAGCCAUUAGAGGGAACAGGAGAUGAUAGAGAAAGAAUGGACGGGUAUAGAGGCGUUUGGGCGGAGCUUUUGUAUAAUUUCAGAGCUGAAUAUACACACCGUAACACACGUACAGUCAAUCACAGACAAACCACUCCUCCCAAGCCAGACCUUCCCCCACACCAGCACCAAACC